AGUGCCGCCUGUGGCCCGCUGUGGGGAUCGGCUCGAGCCGCCGCCUCCAGUCACCAUGAACUUCUUCCGAGGAGUGAUGGGCGGUCCGACCGCUGGGCCGCAGCCCACCGGCGCCGAGACCAUUCAAAAGCUGUGUGACCGAGUUGCCUCUUCCACUUUGCUCGAUGACCGUAGAGAUGCUGUGCGUGCACUCAAAGCACUAUCUAAGAAAUAUCGCCUUGAAGUGGGCAGUCAGGCUAUGGAACACCUCAUUGGUGUAUUACAGACAGAUCGUGCAGACACUGAAAUUAUUGGUUAUGCAUUGGACACACUUUACAAUGUGAUAUCUAAUGAUGUGGAAGAAGAAGAACCAGAUGGAUCUGAAGAUGAAAAUACUCAAAAGCAAAGUUCUGAAGAUUUGGCUGGCCAGUUCACAGAGAUUUUUAUUAAGCAUCAUGAAAAUCUAACCCUACUACUAUCCCUCUUGGAGGAAUUUGAUUUUCACGUGCGUUGGCCUGGAGUGAAGCUCCUAACUGCUCUUCUAAAGAACCAAGGGCCGCAGGUUCAGCAGAUCAUCCUUGUCAGCCCAAUGGGUGUGUCCAGGAUGAUGGAUUUACUUGCAGACUCCAGAGAAGUGAUUCGGAACGAUGGGCUACUGCUGUUGCAACAAUUAUCAAGAGGCAAUGCAGCCAUUCAGAAGAUUGUAGCUUUUGAAAAUGCAUUUGAACGACUGCUGGAUAUUGUCACAGAGGAAGGCAACAGUGAUGGAGGCAUUGUGGUUGAAGAUUGUCUCCUUCUUCUGCUUAACUUACUGAAGAACAAUAGUUCAAAUCAAAAUUUCUUCAAGGAGGGUUCGUACAUUCAACGCAUGAAACCUUGGUUUGAAGUUGCCGAAGACAAUUCAGGGUGGUCUGCACAGAAGGUCACUAACCUUCAUCUGAUGCUCCAGUUGGUGAGAGUGCUGGUAUCUCCUGUGAACCCCCCUGGGGCCACUAGCAGCUGUCAGAAAUCAGCAUUCCAGUGUGGCCUGUUGCAGCAGCUGUGCACCAUCCUGAUGGCAACCGGGGUUCCUGCAGACAUUCUCACCGAGACGAUUAACACCGUAUCUGAAGUGAUCAGAGGCUCCCAAAUAAACCAGGAUUAUUUUGCUUCUGUGAAUGCACCUUCUAAUCCACCGAGACCUGCAAUCGUCGUGCUUCUAAUGUCCAUGGUGAAUGAAAGACAACCGUUUGUGCUGCGUUGUGCUGUGCUGUACUGCUUUGAGUGCUUUUUGUACAAGAAUCAGAAAGGACAAGGAGAAAUUGUUGCCACGCUUCUUCCAGCAACUAUAGAUGCCAACUCCAUUUCAGCAGGCCAGCUGCUCUGUGGUGGUCUCUUCUCCACUGACUCUCUGUCUAACUGGUGUGCUGCUGUAGCUCUAGCACAUGCUCUGCAGGACAACUCCAUCCAGAAGGAACAGCUGCUGAGGGUACAACUGGCAACAAGCCUUGGAAACCCACCAGUCUCCCUACUGCAACAAUGCACCAACAUCCUCUCCCAGGGAGAUAAGAUCGACAGACGGGGAAGCAAGGUGCAGACAAGAGUUGGCCUGCUGAUGUUGCUGUCUACAUGGAUGACUAGUUGUCCUAUAGCUGUCUCUAACUUUCUGCAUAACCAGACCAAUGUCCCUUUUUUAACUGGACAGAUCUCUGAGAAUCUUGGAGAAGAGGAGCAACUAGUACAAGGUCUCUGUGCGCUAUUAUUGGGUAUCUGCAUUUAUUACAAUGAAAACACGCUGGAGAACUACACCAAGGAAAAACUAAAACAACUCAUAGAGAAGAGGAUUGGAAAGGAAAAUUUCAUUGAGAAACUGGGUUACAUCAGUAAGCAUGAGUUGUAUUCUCGAGCUGGUCAGAAGCCGCAGCCCAGCUACUCCACUCCAGAGCAAAUGUUGUUUGACCAUGAGUUCACCAAAUUAGUUAAAGAAUUGGAAGUUCUUAUAAUAAAGGCUGUCCAAAAAUCCAGUGAAGAUGAGAAAAAAGAAGAGGAGGUGAAGAAGUCAUUGGAACAGCAUGACAGUAUAGUUAACCAAUACAAGGAACUCAUCCGGGAACAGGAUAUGCAACUGAAUGAUUUGAAGAAACAAGUAUCUGCCCUGAGCAGCGAGAAUGAAUUGAGCCAAGCAACCAUAACACAGCAAACUUCACAGGUUCAGCAAUUAAGGGACCAGUACAACCUCCUCAAAAUACAGCAAGGUAAGGACAGCCAACAACAUAAUAUUCACAACAGUGAGGCAGCACAAAUCAAUGGGAUCCAGCCGAAAGCUGACUUGGAAGAAAUGGGAAGGUUGCGAGAAGAGGUUGAACAACUGAAACAGCGGCAUGACUUACUACAGGGGCAGCUGGCGGAAAAGGAAUCUUUAAUUGAAAAACUGAAGACAAAUCAGACAAUGAGCAGCAGGGAUGGAGAAGGUGGUACCGAUCACAGUGGAUCCCAGGAUGAAGAGAGAUCAGAACUGCACAAGCUACUAGACAAAUUAAGAACCCAAGUACAGACACAGGCUGCAGAGAUUAGCCAGCUUCAGGCUGAGAAGCAGGCGUUAUCACAGAAACUAAAGAACUUGCCGGAGGCUGCACAAGGAGACGGUGAUAGCAACAUCGCACAGCUGGAAAGCAGACUAUCAGCAUUGAUGGAUGAAAAUCGAAAGUUAAAGGACCAAACGAAGGCCAUGACUGAAGAGAAGAGUGCCCUGGAUCAACAGCUUGCGUCAACAAACAGUACAGUUGCCAUCCUUCAAACUGAAAACAGCAAGCUGCAGCAAGAUGUCAUAGACUCAAAGAAAGAGCAGGAUGAUCUGCUUGUGCUUCUGGCUGACCAAGACCAGAAAAUCUUUGGACUGAAAAACAAACUCAAAGAACUUGGAGAACAGGUUGAAGACGAAGAUGACUUGGAUUCCGUUGACCAAGAUGACGAUGAAGAAGAUGAUGAUGAGGAUGACCUCAACUAAUUGUAAUGCAGUUGCGCCACAAGCAGAAUAGAUAAAUAGUGAUCGUGUUGUGGAAAAAGGAUCAAUGCUACUUUUAUUGCAAAAUGCAUAAUCUACAAGCACAUUACGAUAACUGGGAAUGUUUAUUUUGAAAGGAGAAUUUGAAAUAUUUGUUAUGUUUUACCCAUUUCAUUUUUCUUACCAGGAAUACUUACUUUUUAAUGGAUUCAAUUUUUAACAAGCCAAAGUUAGUUUAUUCAGUUCAAUAGGUAAACAAAAAGUUGGAAUCAUUCCCCUUGGUACAUUGAGCAGACAGGAGAUGUCUGAAUUGAAAAGCAGUUCUCAGUUGUGCUGAUGUAAUUUAAGUUCUAAGAAGUAUCCAAUCAUAAUGUUUUUUGUUGCUUUAAUGGAAGAUUGGAUGCAUUUUGUAGGAGGUUAUUAUGACUGUUUCUGUCAAGCCUCCCUAUGGUAAACUGUUUUACAUAAGUUUCUUGCUGGAGAAUGACUUGUGAACUCUUGGAAGGUGGAUAGAUUUCAGACCCAGAAUAAAUGUCAUCAUCUAGACAUUUCUAGACUGCAUUCAUAUAGGCUAGUUUUAGACUGGUACAAAUUAUCAAUGCAGCAAACUAUUAUAACCCAUAUGUGUUUCCCUAGUUCUGAUAUUGGUUAGAUAACCUAGCAUAUCUAUAAUGUAAGAUCGGGUUAAACCAGCACAAAGUGCAGCACAUUUCUCCUAUUGAAGCCUAUAUCAUCAAUAUUGGGCAGUGGUGCCUUUGGUUUGGAACCGUGGGCACAAAGCACCUCAAUAGAUUUGGAAUUACAUGCUGACUUAUGUGCUGACUGUCUGUGCCAGCCUUUAUUCAUAUUUAUACCAGUCUAUCACUAGUAGAGGAAUUAGUGUGCCUUUACUUUAUUUAAAAGCUAUGUUGCAUCUCUCAGAAAUUCAACAAAAGACAGUGUUGCAAAGUUAAUAACUACACAAUAUUUGAAAAGUUUAGGAUGAUGGGUAUUUCAACCUAAUUUAGUGUGAAUUAUUAAUCUCGCGCAAUACUUCAAGCAAAGAAUUGCUACUCUUGGCUGUAUUGAUGAUGAUAGAUCCUGUAUGAUUUAUGUAAUUUAUUGGCUUUUAUGCCAAAUUGGAAUAAAAUGAGAAAGUACACUAAA